AGGCAUUAUUUUAUGCAUGCUGAAGUUCGGCCUGUUUGCACCCAGCCUGUAACUAUUUUACCGCUUGCAGCUUGGCAUGAAGAUAGUAACCUAGGUAACCCUGAAGUCGUAGCCUGGAAAAGGUUCUCGGAAAAUAAUAAUGUCUGGAUACAGAAAAAUAUGCAAAGAUGAAGAUACGCCGAGGUUUGAGAUGCCAAAGGCGUCAGUUACUUACGACCGGCACGGUCGACCAGUUUACGGCAUCGUCGACAUGCCAAGCCGGCCUCUCCUUUCAAUUGACUUUGAAAAGGUCAAGGCUGCUGCUAACGCUUCAGCUAUGGAGCGUCCUUUAUGCUCGCCCAACGGUCCGCGCAUGGAAGCUCGCAAAACGCUGGAGACAGAAUGGGCUCGGAGGCAACGCGAAGCGGAGGAGCAGCAGCGGCCGUCCCUCCGCUCCGCCGGCCCCAUCGCACGCUACCUGAAGACCAGCCCCGAAAACCCGCUCAGCUCCGCCACCACCACCACCACCACCACCACGUCCGACACUGACCCUCAGCCCACAUCAGCACCUGGAGCAGCAGCAGCAGCAGGCGAGAAGGGGAUCUUGAAGGGCAGCAAAUCUCAGCUGCCGUACAGUCUGCAAGCCCAUCUGGGUCCGGGCUUGGUGCCGCUGCCCGCCCCGCCGCGCCCACACCUCUCCCGGGGCGGCGUGGGGGCACCGCCACUGGAGCGGGAGCAGCGGCAGUUCUGGGAAGAGGGAGAAGGAGAGGAGGAAUGGGGCUGCUCCUCUCCCUCCGCUUCGUGUUCCCCGUCACCCGCAGCCGCUCUGCCCCCCCUGGAGGUGCAGGAGGUGCAGCUGGAGGCCAGGUGGGGCGAGGCGCAGGCGCUGCGGGCGGAGCUGUGCAGGCAGUACCCGCACGGCGUGCCGCGGCACGUGCUGUCCCGGCUGCGCUGCGAAGACGAGGUGCUGCUGCGGCUGAUGGACCUGCCCUCGCUGCGGACCUCGUACGCGGACAUCAAUAUGGGAAGCUGAACGGACGCGGAAGGAAAAUAGGCGCGGAAUCAUGAAAGAUGAAGCCUGAUGCGCCGAUGCGGGAAUAUCCUCGGGAGGGGAGGAGGGAGGGGAAGCGAGGCGCCUGUUGCCAGCCACUCCGCAGCUGAGCGUUGCAGGCGGUCCCUUGUGCUCCUGAAGUUUACAUCUAAACAUUUGCUGGUUGCUGGUCGAGCUCUUUGCAAGUGUCGUGCGAAGAAAAAUAAAAAUAUGGACAGGUUGCGAUCCGUCUUUGUGUUAUGGCUUGUACAUAUACCGAUAUACGGUAGUAGGGAUGGUACUACCGGCUGUAUAGUUCUGGUCGUACGACUGCGAUUGCCGUACCACUGCCGUUCGUUCGUCUUCCCCUCGCCGUGUUUACGGCGCGCCUAUGUGCCAUAGUAAGGUGCGGUUUGCGACGGCUUUGAAUCCGAGGAGCGCGAUUCUUUUAGUUGCAGCAGCUGUGUACCUAAAACUUUCGCCUGAUCCAUAUAUUGUACGGAAGCUCGUUGGACACAGAUGCUGUAACUGGUUGACUGGUUGCUAACUGAUUCUUUGUGAUUGCCCCUUGUACGGCUUUACGGGCCUCCUGUUGUGUUGCACGGUCGGGUACUUUCCCAGCGUGUUGUUUGAGAGUCUUCCAUUCUGUAGGCACCUGACGGCACUGCCAAGAGUUGGCACGGCGUGUCCUCCUCCCUGAAGCAC